CAGUGAACCCUAAAUCAAACGCAGCCCCCAUUUGUUCUUCUUCUUCACAAAGCCACAAACGCAUCUCCUCUCCUCUCUUCUCUGAGAACCAUAGAAGCCACCGCAGCCCCCAAUCGCGCAGCCACCACAUCCCGCCGCCACAGCAUCCCGCAGCCACCGCAGCGACGGGUUUGACCACCGCAGCCCCCACCGCAUCGUUGUCAUCGCCGAGCUCGCCUUCUCUCUGUUCGCUGGUGUCGCGUCCUCUGUCGUCGCCGUUGCUCGCCUUCCACCUCGCCGCCGUCUUGUUCCAUUGACACACGUGGGGCAAGGAUUCAUGCCUAAACCAAUAGUGUAGACGAGGUUUCUAUCAACUUUGAGAGGAACAAGAGCAGGGUAUUGAUCAGAGUUUAGGCUUCUGAGUUUUUUGUUGAGACUCUGUGCAAAAGAUGAGUCAUUUCUGGCAGGAAGUUGAAGUUGAGGAAGAGAAGGGAGUUUUUUGUUGAGACUCUGUCCAAAAGAUGAGUCAUUUCUGGCAUGAAGUUGAAGUUAAGGAAGAGAAGGGAUCAGUGUUUGAGAUGCCUUUGUAUUGGAAUAUAGCUGUGGUGGUUUUGUUGUCAACUGAGAUUAGAGCAUCCAUGAAGACCUUUUGCGGCCAUGAAGUACCUGCUUGGAAGUUGAAACAAUGUUUGGCAUGGACUAAAACAUUUGUGGUUUGUCCUUGUCCAAUUAGUAUGGAACUUAUGUGAUUCUUGCACAUAUUAGAUAUUUAAACAGCAGGAAAUCGCUCGAGCCGGUACUGAUGGGUAUAAUCAGGAGUUGCUUCUCAUUCAUAGCAGGGACAGUCUGUGGCAUUUAUGUGGCUCAAAAUUAUCAAGUUCCUAACAUCACCAAGCUAAUUGACACUACCUUGCACAAGGCAAAGCAAGUUGAGGAAACAUAUCGCAAGCCUAAGAAGAAGGGUUCUGAUGAUGAUAACUACGAUUAGUUCCCCUAUAUAGCGCUACUCCAGAAUCAGGUUCAUAUUGCUGUGAUGAUAAUCUCUUCUUUGUUUUGUUUUCCUCAAUGAUAUAUAGGGUCAAAUAAAUUUGUUAACAAAAGUAUAUGGUAUAUCGAAAUGAAUGGAAGAGUGUUAGAGGAGAUUUCUUAGCAUUUAUAAGAGCUUUUUUCACUCUUUAGUGGGAAAUGUUAUCUUUCCUUUGUCUCCCAUGUUUGGAAUCUUACAUUGAAAUUACAAAUUAAAGAAAUGUAUAAUAUACUCAUUCAUUAAUCUUGAAUAGAUUUUGGGACUGGGCAAGAAAUCUGUUUUUAAGGUCGUCAGAAUUAUGUAAUAUACCUGGAGUUUUAUGCCUAUAAAUUUUAAUGGUACUUUACCUAUUCUUGAUA